AAACGACGUAUGGAGACACUUAAAUGAAACAAAGGAUUUUUCAGUGUUGUGAGGGACAAAAACAUGCAAGAUGUAUUGUCCAUUAUGUGGGUUUAAGUUUGAAAGCUUGACAAAAUUUUGCUGUUCCUGUGGAAAAGACAUAAGUUUUGUUCCGGUUACCGCUGCAGACCCUGAACACUCAAGAGGAAAGUCAGUUGUUCAGCAGUUCUUCAAGUACCGUGAAGGAAAAGAGGCAGAAAGAAGGAUGUUCUCAAAAUGCAAAAAGAAAUCAAAGAAAAUAGUGAAGAUUUCUGUUGGGAUCAUGAACAAAACCAAGACUGGCAUGAGGCCCAUAAGAGGGAAAACACUACCAUUAGAUGUUGAACCAAGUUGGUCGUCUGAGAAACUUUUGGGUGCUGCUAUUAAAAAACUGAAAGAUUUCAACCAAGAUAUGGAAGCUGGAGAAUACAUCCUGCUGUACCCUGAUGGCUCUCAAGUAAAAAAUAUUCCUGGAACUGACACGCCUUUUACAAUUCAACUCUACAAAGAGGCUGUUGGAAAAUCUUACCAAAGAAUUACACUGUUUGUCUGCAUCAUUGAGGGCUUCUUGUCAGAAAGUCCCAGAGAUGAAAGUGAUUCAGAAGAUGAGGAGGAUGAUGAAGUUAUUGUUAGGGUUCCACCCAUUAUGUCACCUCUCUCUGACACAGUGGUAGGUAAAUUUCAGGGAUUUAUUUGUUCAAGAUUUUUGUACUCUCCAUUCAGACAUAUUGCAUUCAGUUUCUGGAUAUAACAAUAAUAAGGUUUUAAAGGAAUAUAGAGUGGUAAGACUUAGAGUUGUGACAGACAAUGAGUUUAGGGUUUCAUGAUUAUAUUUGACAGCUUUGGACAAGCCCAGAAAGUAGUACACCAGAGU